AUGGUUAUUCUAAGUGUGAAACGCGGCGACGAGGUUCUCUUCUUGUUUGAAACAAGCGUUAACGAGAAGACGGAUUCUGUGCUGCGAGAUCUGGUGGCCCUUUACAAUGGUCAACUGAAGAUCCAACGUGUCUGCAUGGAGAUCGAGGAGCUGGCUGAACAUGGCACCAUGCUGCCGGGUGAAAUGAUUGGCCUAAACGAGGAGCAGAGAGAGGAGCUUAAACUAAAGGAUGUUUGGGCGGACAAGUGCAUCCCGUCGGGUGGUUUUACUAUCAACAAGGACCCGCUCCUUCGUCGCAAUGGGCAGCAGCCCUCUGAGGCAAUGCAGAAGGUUCUGGCAAAUGCUAUAACCGAUGCUAAGGCCAUGGUGGAUAGGCGUCUGGCCAAAUCCUCAAAGACCUUGACCCUAAAGAUCGUUGAGGAGGCCUUGAACCUCCUGCGUGGUGCCGUGACCAUUGUAUAUCCCAUGCAACUUCCACCCCACGACACCAUUCGCAUGGAGUUUACCAACACCGAGGAUCUGACCGGCACCCAGGCCUCCAAGGAGGUGAUUGAACCCUCCAAGGCCCAGUUCUGGUUUGCAGGACGACAGAUGCUGAUGGGAAAGCUCAUGAGCGAGUACUUGGGUGUUAACGACAAAACUAAGGUGGUGGUAAAGCUCAAUCAACUUGGUGAAGGACCACCGGGUCGCGAAGCUGUGAUCUCCGAUCCCAUGCGUAAGGAAAUGAUGGCCGCAGCCUUUCGUCGCCAGGAGGAGCUCAAGAUAUAA